AUGCCUCACGAAUUGACAUACGGUACCGAGAGCGCGGCGAACAAAGCCAUUGGAGGAGUUCCUGUUAUCCACUAUUUUGACUUCCAGUCUCGCGGCCGUGGUCAAGUCGUUCGCCUUCUGCUUAUUGAUGCAGGCGCUGUGUAUAAGGAUAUCCGAUAUACCUUCGAAGAAUGGCCGAAACACAAGCGUAGUGUUCCCGUCGCAGAGAUGAACCCAACAGGAAACAUCCCAAUUAUUGAAAUGCCAGGCGGGAAGAUUCUUACUCAAAGCUAUGCCAUCCUUCGACAUUGGGGAAGACAAUUGGGGGCAUAUGAUGGCAAGACAGAAGAUGAGAAGUACUGGGCUGAUGCAAUCUGUGACAUUGUCAUUGACUGGAGAACGCUAUUUAUUUCAGCUUUCUUCUCUGACAAUCAGAAGGAGGACUAUCCCAAGCAUCAACAAGGAGACCGAGCCAAGUAUCUCAAAGCUAUCGAGACACAUUUGAAGGGCUCUGAUCUCUCACGCCGGGGACAAUACAUCAUUGGGAAUGAGAUCACCUAUGCGGAUCUGGUGCUCUUCCAAUUAUUGCAUGACGAGAAUCUCAUUCAAGACGGAAGAAAAGACCUUCGAGGGUAUCCCAGACUGGUACAGCUGGUAGACGCUGUGCAGAGCAGACCAAACAUCAAGAAGUUCUUCAGCGGUGAGGCCUACUUGGGCUGA